AUGAAGAAGCAUCAGGCGAAAGCUCAAGCGCGGGUAUCUCCAACAGAAAUAUUCUCAAUCGGAUCAGAAAAGGAUUUCAAGGAUACGAGAUCCAGAUGGGCAAUUGAUUGCGUUGCAGCAAUUUGCGCUGGAGCACGUCAACCGUUCCUGGUCCAGGUAUGUCGUGACGUAUCUCAUCAUUCUUUGGCAGUAAGGCGAGAAUAG